AAGGCCGUCGCCUCUCUUUGGUCGUGCUCCCCAGGCCGCAGCGGUUCGGCUCGGCGCUUCAAAUUCUCAACUCGGCUCGCCUUAUAUUCUUCUUCACCUGAUAAAAUCGCGAAAUCAAAUUCGCAAAUUGAGAUUCGCGAGCCGUAAUUCCAGUGCGAAAGCUCCGGCUUCGAUUCCCACCCCUUUUAGACUAGCUGAUAUGAUGAAGAAGUGACAGUGAUUGUGGAAACUGCGUUUUAUCGGUGAUAUUUUACCCACAUCCCUGUAAUAUCAUUGAUUGCCGAGUUCAUUUAAUAGGUAGAGAGUUUCUUGGCUGUAAACUAACGGAGAAAUAUGGAAGAACUUGACGAUUCCACCUCAAAACCUAAUUCUGCCAGGAGGAGAAAAAUAGACAGCAAUAACAGCACUGAGAUGGUGGCGGAUGCAGACGAUACGGACAAUCCACAACAUUCGGUGUCAAUCCCAGAUCAAACGGAGGAACCUCGCCAAGCCGAAGUGACCCCUGUAAAUAAUGGCAAGGCUAAUCAACCUCAUUUAGAAGAGCCUCUUUUCCCGGGUAUAAUCUGUACAUUCAGGGAAAAUCUAGUACAAAUGUUCAAAAAUCAGUCUUAUUUAAUAUCGCAAAUGAUCAAAUAUAUUUUAAAUGUAGCUUUAAUCGCAUACUUAGCAGCAGCUGUUUAUCACUGGAAUAAAACAGUUUCAGAUAAACAUAUAAACUGGUGCAAUGGCUUAGGAAUACUUCUGAUCAUUGUAGGUUUACUUUAUUGGAUCUUAUUCUACUAUAAGUUCAUAGUUCCAUUCAUUUUUCCUGCUUUUGCACCCUAUAUUAAUUCAAUCGCAGAAACAAAAAUUUACAAAGCCGUGAGCAGGUACCUUGGAGAGACCCUGCAACUCGCGUGUAUCAUUGGUUUCAUUAUUUUUGUGUACUAUGACACCGCAGGAGAGAGACGAAGACUGCUAUCAUUACUCGGAAUAGCAUUCUUCAUUAUCGGCGGUUUUUUGUUCUCUAAGCAUCCUACAAAGGUGCAAUGGCGUUCCGUCUUUUGGGGGAUCGCCCUUCAAAUUGCGAUCGGAAUCUUAUCGAUAAGAUGGAGAGCCGGCCGGAUUGUGUUCGAGUGUAUCGGGAGCCACGUCCGAACGUUCCUUGAAUUCGCCUACGAAGGCGCAGCAUUCAUCUACACUGACGAUUUGGUCAAAAAUCCAAAGCACGCAGUCUUUGCAUUCCAGGCGCUGAGUUGUAUAUAUUUCCUUAGUUUCGUUGUCCAAAUUCUCUUUUACUAUGGGGUACUUCAAAGGAUAUUCUUAAAAUUAGGCUGGGUGCUGCAAUCAACUCUGGGUACAACCGUCAUUGAAUCAGUAAAUGGCUGCGCCAGCGUCUUCCUAGGAAUGACAGAGGCUCCCAUUUUAGUUCAGCCGUAUUUGAAGGAUCUCACCGUCUCAGAACUUUAUGCUGUCAUGCAUAGCGGAUUUUCAACGGUUGCUGGUACUGUUUUCGCAGCAUACAUAUCCUUUGGAAUUCAGCCAGCUCAUAUAAUAACUGCAUCUAUUAUGGCAGCCCCAGCAGCCCUGAGUUAUGCCAAAUUGCUAUACCCUGAAACUGAGAGCUCAAAAACAAAAGUUGAUAAUAUGCGCGACUUGAAGAGCGAGGAAAGGAGUGUGAUUGACGCGGCUUGCAAAGGUGCGAUAGCUGGAUCGGAAAUGGUCUUCGGUAUUAUUGCCAGUAUAAUUGCAGUUGUAUCAUUUAUAGCAUUCAUCGAUCAUAUCAUCAUUUGGCUGGGUCUUCUGGUCGGCUUCGAGGGCAUCAGCCUGCAGUACAUAUUGUCGGUGGUCUUUGUCCCUCUGACGUUGAUGAUGGGAGUGCAGCCGUCAGAGUGUCACAGGGUAGCCGAACUCAUUGGCAUAAAAACUACUGUGAACGAAUUUUUAGCAUAUAAACAAUUAGGAGAGUACAAGAACAAGCAUUUGCUCUCGCCGAGGUCAGAAGCCAUAGCAACAUUCGCUCUUUGCAGUUUUGCCAAUCCGAGUUCGGUCGGGUCAAUGAUAGCGACUCUUUCUGUGUUAUGCCCGAGUCAAAGGGAAAAUGUCACCAAUCUAUCGAUCAGAGCCUUUAUCGGAGGCAGUAUAACUUGCUUCAUUACCGCUUGUAUCGCAGGCCUUUUGUAUCCGGAAGAAGGGUUUGGUACGGAUUUCUAGUGUGAUAAUGAACCGAUGACAAAUUUGUACAGGAAGUUUUUAUUUUAUUUUUACGUCAAAAAUGAUCUAACUAAAAAGACUGUAUAAAAGAUUUUAAAAUACUCUUUUACAAUGUUCCAAAUAUUAUGUAUACUUUUUUAAUAAAACAUUUCUAUACGAGAAA